UAAAAAGUGUUGUUCUUCAGUUCAGGACACAGAACUUGAAUAUUCAUCAUGAUAACAUGGCACUUUAGUUGAACUUCGAGCCCGAUGUUUUAACAAUGCGUUUACUUUUUAGAAAUAUUUUUAUUUUCUCGGUUCUGGUAGUAGUUUUAACGGAUGACGUUUGUGAUAAGGACGAUAAAGAAUGUAGAGAGAAGACAAGUGAAAAAUCAAAAUAUUCUAAAGAUGCAAAAAGUGAUAAGUGGAAGAAAUACCUGAAGAAGAUAGAAAAAGCUGUAAAAGGUUACACAGAUUGUACACAAGAUGACUGCAGCUGUCACAGAAGUGUUAUUGAAGAAGACCUAGCUCCAUGGAAGAAUGGAAUUACAGAGGAAGUCUUUAACCAGGCCAGAAGUCAGAAAUACGGCUCCCAUUACCAAAUCGUCAAUCAUAAACUGUAUAGGGAAGAGGACUGCAUGUUCCCAGCAAGGUGUAGCGGUAAUGAGCACUUUAUCCUGGGGGUGAUUCAGAAGUUACCUGACAUGGAGCUGGUGAUUAACACGCGGGACUGGCCACAGAUUUCAUCCUAUCAGCCACCCAUACCUGUCUUCUCCUUCAGUAAAGUGAGGGGGGAGAGUCAUGACAUCAUGUACCCGGCAUGGACAUUCUGGGAGGGGGGACCCGCUGUCUGGCCAAUCUACCCCACAGGACUGGGGCGCUGGGACCAGCAAAGGGAGAUAAUCACAAGAGCUGCUAAGAGUUGGCCUUGGGAGAAGAAGAAAAACAAGGGAUUUUUCCGAGGAUCUCGGACCAGUUCAGAGAGAGACCCGCUGAUUCUGCUGUCCAGGUCCAACCCAGAACUGGUGGACGCUGAGUACACCAAAAACCAGGCCUGGAGGUCAGAGGCGGACACCUUACACAGACCCCCAGCAAAGGACAUCAAGUUAGAGGACCACUGUGACUACAAGUACUUGUUUAACUUCCGCGGGGUGGCUGCCAGUUUCCGUUUUAAGCACCUGUUUCUGUGUGAGUCUGUAGUCUUCCAUGUAGGGACUGCCUGGUUAGAAUUCUUCUACCCCACCAUGAAGCCCUGGGUCCACUAUAUACCAGUCAAGGACGAUCUAUCAGAUGUGGAGGAACUUCUGGAGUUUGCAAAAGAGAAUGAUGAUGUUGUACAUGAAAUAGCCAUGAGAGGUCGACAGUUUAUCUGGGAUCACCUCAGAAUGGAAGAUGUGUCUUGUUAUUGGGAAACUCUACUAAAGAAAUACGCCAAAUUGUUAAAAUUUAAACCAAAACGAAACAAAAGUUACAAGCAAAUCAAAUAAUAACUACUAAAGAAAUACACCAAGUUGUUAAAAUUUAAACUAAAACGAAACACGAGUCACAAGCAAAUCAAAUAAUUUAUGACUUUUCUCUCUCUUUUUUUUUAUAUAACAUGCAGUCUUUUUAAUUUUAUAAUAAUAAUUUUUUUUCUACAUAGAGGUUUUGGGAUUUUUUUGUUGUUGAGCAGUAAAUUUUGUCUCUGCCAUAUAUUAGUACGGUAAUUACAAAUGUACAUGUACGUUACACAUGAAUUGUAUAUAUCCUGUUGAGCUGCGAGCAGCUUUUAGGACUGACAUGUCCAUAACUUGAUAAAAACUGAAAUAUAAAAUUUGGGGUUUAUAUAGCCACUAAGGAAUAUUCAGGAUCAUAAUAACACAGUAAAAGACUAGAGAUGUAAAAAAUGAUAACUAAAGUCACUGUGAUAAAACAGGUUAAGUUUAUUUAUUCUUCACAAUUUUUCAGUUGAUUGUAAGAUAUUUUUAAAAAAAAAUGGCAUCAAAUAUUUUCUCAAAUUUUUUUUCUCUAUAUUUUUUUAAUUAUUACAUUAUUAAAUUAUAAAGAGCUUAUAGUGCUUUGAAUUAACAAAAAUUUUUAAGCAUAACUUUGUGUGCUACAAAUAAGAUCCAGAUGAUAAAAAUAAUUAUAUAUCUGGAUUUGAGAAUACAUGUACCAAUCAAUGUUUUAAUCUAGUCUUUAUAGGAAAUAAAGCCCCGUAGAGUGACUGCAUGUAUAAUUUUUUUUUCAAUGAGCAUGCAUGGCAGCCAAAUUCUAAAGAAAUAUCACAUGGUUUCUAAAAAAAAUGCUCUUUUAAAGUCAGAAGAAUUUAAUUACUAAAUUUUGUACAAAAUCUGUCAUUUUGUUAUAAAUGACCCUCAGGCAUACAGAUAAAUGAUCCUGGAAUUUAUUAUGGUUCAGGCUGUACACUCUAUACAUCCACCCCUGGCAAUAUGAACUCAGUUUUUAUACCCAAUUAAGUUAAUUAUGUUUCUGCCUGAGUGGAAAGAAUUAUUCAAAGUAAUGUGCCAUACAUCUGUAUGUAGUUUAUUUUUCUAAAUCUCAUUCCAGAGGAAUAAUAAUUGAAAUUUUACUUUCACACACAUAAUUACAAUUAAUAUGAUAAUCAAUUUUAAACUAAUUUGUUUAUGUUACUGUGCAGUAUUUUUUGACAGGAAAUAUGUGAUAAAUGAUUAUGAAAUCCAAAUUUAAUGUACAGAAAAUCCUUAUUCAAAACAGUUCCUACCUUAGAUGAAAACAAUAUACAUGCACAUGCAUAGAUACUUGUAACAUUGUAUUUGUAGUGCAGUUAAAGGAAAUAUAAACAAGUGGAUUCUGACUUAUUUAUAGUUACAUAGAUUUUCAGUACAAUAUGAUGGGCUUCCAAUUUAUAUAGCCAAUUUUAUUUGUUUUCAAUAAAUUAAAUUGACUUUUAAAUCAUAA